AUGGCCAUUCUCUGUUGUUGUGGCAAGCUUCGGUCACGGAAGCGGCCCCAGGCUGAAGAUGACGCUGGCCUGCCCGUCCCUCCUCCGCCUGCUAAGCUCCCGGCCCCGGCCUUGCACCCCUCUGCCAUUUCGCCGGGCUCCACGCUCGCCAGGUCAUCUUUGACCAACCCCCUGCCUGGAGCCGCCACAGACGCCUCAGUACAUCUGGGUGAACUCGUGGUCGACGAGUCUGACGACGACAAUGUCGAUGAGGACCCCGCUCACGAAAGCAGAAACAGAAGCACCAGCACAUUGCAGGCCGUCAAGUCACGCAUCCGUCGCCAUCUGUCACAGGACUCCCUCCAGCGGCAGAGUGAGACCGAGGAACAGAUCGCCCACAGGGCAGAGGUGAAGCGGCUCAUGAGAAAGAGGAUCCAGGAGGAGCUCCAGAGCGAGGUCGACAAUGUUCCCAGCCGUUUAUCCACCCCUCAGCGGCAUGGGCCUGGCCCGGCCGCUCUUCCAGGCAACGGUCCCCGGGACACCAUCGAAUUCACUGUGGAUGAAAGUCACAAAUCAAAGGAGCUGACCCCGAUCAAUGCGGCUCGUGUGGUGGAGACGGGCGAGGUGGAAGGGCGUCCUGCGUCAAAAUUAUCAUCCAGAAGGGUAUCGACAACAUGCAGGUCAUUCGAAAAUGAGAAUCACCGUCCGACAAGCCUUGUGGCCAGUGAGCCUGACUGGAUGGAAGCCGACUCGAGGGCCUCUCACAUUGAAUGUCACGUUGGUAUUCGCGAGCGCAGUUCCCUACCUGAAAUACCCAACUCCCCGAUUCUCCUCCCAGUCCGAAGCUCAGUGUUCCAUGACGCCUCGUCACUUGCGUCUUGGCGGCUCUCACUGAGUGCGGACAAGCUGGCCGAUCUCUUCACCCCUGACAAGAGACUUACGCUCUUCCGGCCCCUUGCCAACACUCCCGCCACUCGUUCCACGGCAGAUCUCAAGGACGACGUUUCCCUCCCGCGUCCAAGGAGCAAGUCCUCGCCUUUGGGCGUUCGCGACUCGAAUACCAAGCUGAUACCUCAUUCGCGCCAGCCCUCGCUCGACUCUUCUCUUUACAGUCGAAUACCGGCCUCAAAGUCCUUGAUUCGAGACGAAUCGCCAGUUGGUUUGUGGCUUCGCACUCAGAGUAUGCCGUUUCGCGCCUCUACCACAUCCCAGCCCCAAAGUGAGAUCGGAUCCGAGGAGCACAAUUGCAUCCAGGCCGGCUUCGUAAUGCUGAUACGAAUCAACCUCUGA